CCCCGCGCGGGCUUCUCUGGCCAGUCGCGCGUGGGCUGAGGCCCUGGGCGGGCCGUGCGAAGGCUUGUUUGCCAAAGCGGGGUCCCCGCCGCAGUCUGGAGCUCCCUUCUUCAGGGGAGGGGGAAAAGGGUGUAGCCCCCCUACCUAGGGUGAAUGGGCUGUCGCGUGGGCUGCUAAGGGCAGGCUGGGGAGCACGGGGGCCGGGGCCGCGACCAUGAACUCACCCGUGGACCCCGGAGCCAGGCAGGCGCUGAAGAAGAAGCCGCCCGAGCGGACGCCCGAGGACUUAAAUACUAUUUAUUCUUAUCUUCAUGGAAUGGAAAUAUUAUCAAAUCUCAGGGAACAUCAGCUUAGAUUAAUGUCUGCGAGAGCACGCUAUGAGAGAUACAGUGGCAAUCAAGUUCUUUUUUGUUCAGAAACUAUUGCCAGAUGUUGGUAUAUCCUGCUUUCUGGAUCUGUGCUUAUGAAAGACUCCAUGGUUUUGCCUCCUUGCAGUUUUGGUAAGCAGUUUGGAGGAAAAAGAGGAUGUGAUUGUCUUGUAUUAGAGCCUUCAGAAAUGAUUGUGGUAGAGAAUUCCAAAGAUAAUGAAGAUAGUAUUCUACAAAGAGAAAUUCCUGCCAGACAGUCUCGACGAAGGUUUCGGAAAAUUAACUGUAAAGGAGAACGUCAAACUAUUACUGAUGAUGUGGACAUUAACAGCUAUCUUUCUCUUCCAGCCGAUCUUACCAAGAUGCACAUUGCAGACAACCCUCAUCCACAAGUGACUCAUGUGUCUUCUAGUCAGUCUGGUUGUAGCAUUGCCAGUGACUCUGGGAGCAGCAGUUUAUCAGAUAUCUAUCAGGCUACGGAAAGUGAGGUAGGAGAUGUAGAUUUAACACGUCUUCCAGAAGGACCUGUUGAUUCUGAAGAUGAAGAAGAGGAAGAUGAAGAGAUUGAUCGAACAGAUCCACUGCAGGGGCGAGAUCUUGUUCGAGAAUGUCUUGAAAAAGAACCUGCAGACAAAACUGAUGAUGACAUUGAACAGUUACUGGAGUUUAUGCACCAGCUUCCUGCUUUUGCAAACAUGACCAUGUCUGUAAGGAGAGAACUCUGCUCAGUGAUGAUUUUUGAAGUGGUGGAGCAGGCUGGAGCUAUUAUUCUUGAAGAUGGGCAAGAGCUUGACUCAUGGUAUGUUAUUUUAAACGGCACUGUAGAAAUUAGUCAUCCAGAUGGAAAAGUUGAAAAUCUCUUUAUGGGAAAUAGUUUUGGAAUUACACCCACUCUGGAUAAGCAGUACACGCAUGGAGUUGUUAGGACUAAAGUAGACGAUUGUCAGUUUGUCUGCAUAGCCCAGCAGGAUUAUUGGAGAAUUUUAAAUCAUGUGGAAAAAAAUACCCAUAAAGUUGAGGAAGAAGGAGAAAUUGUUAUGGUACAUGAGCACCGUGAACUAGAUCGCAGUGGAACCAGGAAAGGACACAUUGUAAUCAAGGCAACACCUGAGCGUCUCAUCAUGCAUUUAAUAGAAGAGCAUUCCAUUGUGGACCCAACUUAUAUAGAAGAUUUCCUAUUAACUUAUAGAACAUUUCUUGAAAGUCCUUUGGAUGUUGGGACCAAACUAUUGGAAUGGUUUAAAAUUGACAGCUUAAGGGAUAAGGUAACACGGAUUGUAUUAUUAUGGGUAAAUAAUCAUUUUAAUGAUUUUGAAGGUGAUCCUGCUAUGACUCGAUUUCUGGAGGAAUUUGAAAAAAAUCUGGAAGAUACAAAAAUGAAUGGUCAUCUCCGGUUAUUGAAUAUUGCCUGUGCUGCAAAGGCUAAGUGGAGACAGGUUGUGCUGCAAAAGGCUUCCCGGGAGUCCCCUCUGCAUUUCAGCCUAAAUGGAGGAAGUGAGAAGGCAUUUGGUAUUUUUGUUGAAGGUGUAGAACCUGGUAGCAAAGCUGCUGAUGCAGGACUGAAACGUGGUGAUCAGAUAAUGGAAGUAAAUGGACAAAACUUUGAGAAUAUAACGUUUGUGAAGGCCCUUGAAAUUUUGAGGAAUAAUACUCAUCUUGCGCUUACUGUAAAGACCAACAUUUUUGUGUUCAAAGAGUUACUUACUAGGACCGAACAAGAGAAAUCUGGUGUUCCUCAUAUUCCCAAAAUUGCUGAAAAAAAAAGUAAUCGCCACUCAAUCCAGAAUGUACCAGGAGAUAUUGAACAGACAUCACAGGAGAAAGGAAACAAGAAAAUAAAAGCAAAUACUGUUUCAGGUGGAAGAAACAAAAUCAGGAAAAUUUUGGAUAAAACACGAUUUAGUAUCUUGCCUCCAAAACUGUUUAGUGAUGUAGGCCUGAGCCAAUCACAGGACGACAGCAUUGUGGGAACGAGACACUGUAGGCACAGUUUGGCCAUAAUGCCUAUCCCUGGAACACUCUCAUCCAGCAGCCCCGAUCUCCUGCAGCCUACCACCAGCAUGUUGGAUUUUUCUAAUCCCUCAGAUAUUCCUGAUCAAGUUAUAAGAGUUUUCAAAGCAGAUCAACAAAGUUGCUACAUUAUCAUCUGUAAAGACACUACAGCUAAAGAAGUUGUUUGUCAAGCUAUUCAUGAAUUUGGUUUGACUGGUGCAUCUGACACAUAUUCUCUCUGUGAAGUUUCUGUUACUCCUGAGGGUGUCAUAAAACAGAGGAGACUUCCGGACCAGUUCUCCAAAUUAGCUGAUAGAAUUCAGCUCAAUGGAAGAUAUUAUUUAAAAAAUAACAUGGAAACAGAAACCCUCUGUUCAGAUGAAGAUGCUCAAGAACUAAUUAAGGAAAGCCAACUAUCCAUGCUGCAGCUCAGUACUAUUGAGGUGGCCACUCAGCUGUCAAUGAGGGACUUUGAUUUAUUUCGUAAUAUUGAGCCUACUGAAUAUAUUGAUGACCUUUUUAAGUUAGAUUCAAAAACAGGAAAUACUCACUUGAAAGAAUUUGAAGAUAUUGUAAACCAAGAGACAUUCUGGGUGGCCUCAGAGAUUUUAACUGAAUCAAAUCAGCUCAAACGAAUGAAGAUUAUUAAACAUUUUAUUAAAAUUGCACUUCAUUGUCGAGAAUGUAAGAACUUCAAUUCCAUGUUUGCAAUAAUAAGUGGCUUGAACCUGGCAUCUGUAGCACGACUCAGAGGUACUUGGGAAAAGUUACCAAGCAAGUAUGAGAAACACCUCCAAGAUCUACAAGACCUUUUUGAUCCAUCUAGAAACAUGGCAAAAUAUAGAAAUAUUCUUAGUAGUCAAAGCAUGCAGCCUCCAAUUAUUCCACUCUUCCCCGUUGUCAAGAAAGAUAUGACAUUUCUACAUGAAGGAAAUGAUUCCAAAGUAGAUGGUUUAGUAAAUUUUGAGAAGCUCAGAAUGAUUGCCAAGGAAAUUCGUCAAGUUGUUCGAAUGACUUCUGCUAACAUGGACCCAGCUAUGAUGUUCCGACAGAGGAAGAAGAGGUGGCGGAGUCUGGGGUCACUGAGUCAAGGCAGCACAAAUUCAAACAUGCUGGAUGUUCAGGGAGGUGCUCACAAAAAAAAGGCACGCCGUAGCUCUCUGCUUAAUGCUAAGAAGCUGUAUGAAGAUGCCCAAAUGGCAAGGAAAGUGAAGCAGUAUCUUUCCAGUCUGGAUGUAGAAACAGAUGAGGAGAAGUUCCAGAUGAUGUCAUUGCAAUGGGAGCCUGCAUAUGGUACCUUGACCAAGAAUCUAAGUGAGAAAAGAUCAGUCAAGUCAUCAGAAAUGUCUCCAGUGCCUGUGAGGUCAGCUGGCCAAGCAGCUAAAGCCUAUUUGCAUCAGCCCCACAGAGUGAGCCAGGUGCUUCAGGUGCCAGCUGUAAAUUUGCACCCCAUCAGGAAGAAGGGACAAGCAAAAGACCCUGCCACACUGAGUACAAGUUUACCUCAGAAAAUUUUAGGAACAACUGAAGAAAUAAGUGGUAAGAAACAUACAGAAGACACUAUUUCUAUGGCAUCAUCCUUACAUUCUAGUCCUCCUGCGUCUCCUCAAGGUUCCCCUCGCAAAGGUUAUACACUUAUACCAUCAGCUAAAUCUGACAACUUGUCUGACUCCAGCCAUAGUGAGAUUUCUUCACGGUCCAGCAUUGUGAGCAAUUGCUCUGUUGACUCCAUGUCUGCAGCUCUACAGGAUGAACGGUGUUCCUCCCAGGCUGUGGCAGUCCCUGAAUCCACUGGAGCAUUUGAAAAGACAGAGCACUCCUCAGGGAUAGGAGACCAUAGUCAGCCUGGCCCUGGGUGGACACUCUCAAAGCCAUCACUAAUCAAGAAUUUAGCUGUCUCAUCUUCUGUGAGCAAUGAUGAGAUUUCUCACGAGCAUAUUAUUAUAGAAGCAGCUGAUAGUGGUCGUGGAAGUUGGACUUCCUGUUCAAGCAGCUCCCAUGACAACUUCCAAAGCCUUCCAAACCCAAAAGGCUGGGAUUUUUUGAACUCUUAUCGACAUACCCAUUUGGAUGGUCCCAUAGCUGAAGUUGAACCCACUGACUGUGAGCCCUGUACCUGUCCUAAAGUCUGCUCUCGAACUUGUGGUCAGUGUAAAGGAAGCCUAGAGACUAAUCAGAUGAGGCAGAGUUGGGCUUCCUCUAGUUCUCUGUCUGAUACAUACGAACCAAACUAUGGGACAGUUAAACGGAGAGUGUUGGAGAGCACCCCAGCUGAGUCAUCUGAAGGCUUGGACCACAAGGACGGCAUCGACCCCGUUUAUAAAACUGUUACUUCGAGUACAGAAAAGGGCUUGAUUGUGUACUGUGUCACCUCACCCAAGAAGGAGGAUAGGUAUAGGGAGCCACCUCCCACUCCUCCAGGAUACAUGGGGAUUUCUUUAGCAGACCUAAAGGAAGGACCCCACCUACACCUAAAACCUCCAGAUUAUAGUGUGGCAGUGCAGAGGUCAAAGAUGAUGCAUAACAGCCUCUCUAGACUGCCACCAGCUUCUCUCAGUAGCAACCCUGUGGCCUGUGUUCCAUCGAAGAUCGUAACUCAGCCUCAGAGGCAUAAUUUGCAGCCAUCCCAUCCUAAACUAGCAGAUGUGACUGACGCAGAUAGCGAAGCAGAUGAAAAUGAACAGGUUUCAGCAGUGUAGCCUUUGGAUUGACCUGAUUGAAGUCUACUGAAAGUCACGGAGGAAGGAGUGGGCAGAACCAACUCACAAUUCUGCAGGCCGUUGCCAACAAAUAGCUCGCUGCUCCUGCUGCUAACCCAGAGGUUUUAAUCCCUGUACUCUGAGCAAUGAGAUAACCCUGAAUCAUGCUUCCUUUCAUUUAAUCCCUGCAGAUGCAUAGUUUCCUCAGCUAUGGAUGUUGUGCCUGGAUACCAGUCUUCGCUUUGCACACCAGACCUGCCUUGGGACCACAGUUACUAGAACAAAUUCAAACUCGAGUCCUCCCCAUAUAUAUCACUAUAGAUUUUCCUUUAACAUGUUAUUUUUAAGAUAGUAGUAGUGGUAGUAUUUUCAAGCCAUAGCUUGGGUUAACAGACAAAUUCAGAAUGUCUGCCAAUACCAAGGAUAUUUUUAUGUAUUUGAAAAGUAACUUAUUAUUUGAAGUUUUGUGGUUUUGUUUGUAUUUGGGAGCUCUUGUUAAUUGAUGUUCAUGUUUGAGGCCAUAAAACUGUCUCUGAUCUGACCAAACUGAAGCCAUCUUUACAGGAUGAUAUGUUUGAUCUAUACAGAGAUGUAACCAUCUAUAGCACCAACGAAACGUGGGGUCUCAGUUUGAGUGGAACAGGAAUCCCUUUGCUGUUGAGGUGUUAGGAAGGAGAAUACUGCCAUCUGCUGGUCAGGAUUUGGAAAGCCAAAUGAAGCUACCACAGGGUCCUAGCAGUCUCUUGGGAAAAGGAAGGGGUAUGAUGGGGUGUGUAGCAACCCUAAUUUCCAAAGAAUGAAAUGUUUAUCUUACAUAACAUGUAUACCAACUUAAGUGAAAGUCAUUCUCUGUCUAACUGUAGCUAUAAGUAUAAAUCCAGUAAAUAGAGAAUGAGUUCUAGACAGUUCUACUCUGUAGAAACCCAUACCUAAAAUUUUUCACAACUCAAAUAUGGAGUUUUUUUAAAGGACAUGUUAUCUUUGGCGGUAUAGUCAUGAAGAUCAAUUUAGCUUUAUGCGGUGUUCUGCAGCACCCACCACCCAACCCCCAUCUUACAGCACAAGGCUGUUUUUAAUCUUCAUAAACCCUGCAGCUCCCAGUUGCCUGCAGGUAAAGCUCAUUAGCACACCAAGGUCUAUAAUUGGUUGAAAAUUUUGUGGGGGAAAGAGGAGCUAGAAUUAUGGAAGUGAUUAUUUCUUGGUUUUCACUUUAGGCCUUGAGAGGAAGGAGACAUAUAUAUUUAACAGCCUGUUGGGCGUGGCACUCUUAAGUAUUUAAUUAAAAUUUCAUUGACUAUUUACUGGAUGAGGUAGACUUUCCGCAUUUAAAAAAGAUUAAGUAUGAUGUUUUCUACAUCUUAAGUUUAAAUUUUUUCAUUCGUUUUUUAGUGUAAAGGCAAGUGAAAGGUUAAUAAACUUCUGUGACUACCAAAAAAAAAAAAAAGCCAAAGCCAUUAAUGUGUACUACCCAAAUCAACUUGGAGCCAAAAAUAGGUUUACUUCUGAAUGAUUAUCCAUAUGUGAAUUUAUAGGAUUUAGUUGGCUUAUUACUUCCUUUUGAAAAGUUCUCAUUUUUUCCUAGCUCUCUCUUCCUUCUCUCUAUCAUCCUCCUAUUUCCUUCAUUUUAAAAUCAUAAAUCAGUGCCAACUGGCAAAUGGCAGUAGUCCAUCUUUUCUAUCAAAAUGAUAAUUUCUUCAUUUUAGGAAAAAUAGCAUGUCUGAAAAAUUCCCAUGGGCAAAAAACUGUAAAUACGAAACUUAAGCCUUAGAAAUUAACCCCAGGUAUGUUAGAAUGAGGCUAGUUGGCUCCAUAGCUUUCUUGGCCCAUUGAAAUGGAAAGUAACCUGGAUCAAAAAUCCUGGUUUGAAAGUCACACUGUAAAGGUUUGAUCUAUAAACAGUGGUCCUGUGAUCAUAAAUUUUUCUUUCACUGAUUUAGACAAUAUUAUUUUCAUGUCCAGAGCAAAACAAAGUGAAAGAUAUUUUUGCUACAACCAUCUUUUUAUCCAGUUUGGGUAUUUAUUCUCACCAUUUUAUAUCCACUCCCCGGAAAAAUGUGCUGUUUGCACAGUAUCUGUUUUUUUAGCAGGUCUUUCAAACCAGAUGGGAGCCUUCUCCAUCGUUGUCCUCAAUGUUGUGGAUAAUAUCUUGCACAGAGAGUCAGAGGCUUGUGGUUUUGGACUUGCAUCCUGUAGCUGCCUUUGUUUCCUGUAGCUUGAAAUGUGAGUGUUUGGAUCAGCUGAUCACAUUGAUCAAGAACUAAAGCCAAAUGCUUUCUAGUUUGAUAUGUAUUUAUCCCUUAAAAAAUCGUGGCGUUUUGAUCUUUAUAUUCUAAUUUACGGUACAUUCCUGCCUUCUCUUAGUUUGUCACUUGACUAGAACAAGAGAAGCCUUAACCUAUACUUGCUCCAAUUCAAAAUGCCCGUUUGUUUUUAUUUUAUAAAUUUAUAAGUAUACUGAAGAGAUCUAUGCCCUCAUUGUACCACAACUCUGAAUCUGCCAGGGCUAUUGAAGCAGUAAAUCCUCACUGCAAACUUUUGCCAAAUAAUAAGUUUCAACAAAAAAAUCUCUGCAUAAUGAAAGAUUUGGAGAAUUAGUAAAUCCAGUAUAUACUUCCAUAAAGGUUUAUUGUAAUUUAAUAAAGUCUUACUUU